GUGAUUUGAUUUACAGCAGAACAGAUAGUGAUGGAUGUCGAUUUUACGCCAUCUGUAGUCCAAGAUGUACAAUUGAACGACAUACUAUUGGACAAAAAUACAAAUUAUCCAACUGUACAGAAAUCAUCUGUAAGGGAGACAACAAGGUAGAAGUAAUUCCAACGCACUGCCCACCUGUGAAGGAAAUUACCUGUGCAAACAAAUAUCCGGCAAUACUGGUACCAGAUGAAAACGGCUGCUGUUACCGAUAUGAGUGUCAAUGUGUGUGCAGUGGAUGGGGUGAUCCUCAUUAUAUUACUUUUGAUGGAAUCUACUAUACUUUCCUUGAAAACUGCACUUACGUCCUGGUGAAACAGAUUGUACCUAAAUAUGACAACUUCCGUGUUUACAUUGACAAUUAUUACUGUGAUGCAAAAGAUGGACUUUCCUGCCCUAAAUCCAUUCUUAUUUUCUACAAAUCGGCAAAAGUGGUGCUGACCCGUGAACUCAUGAAUGGUGUCAUGACCAAUGUGAUGUACUUCAACAAUAAGAUUGUCAAACCAGGCUUCAAAAAAGACGGCAUUUCUUUCUCCACACUUGGCAUCAACAUGAUUGUUGAAAUACCAGAGAUUGGUGCAACCAUCACCUUUAGUGGGCUGAUUUUCUCCAUCAAACUUCCAUACAGCAAAUUUGGCAACAACACCGAAGGACAGUGUGGAACAUGUACAAAUAACGUAUUAGACGAAUGCCGCUUACCAAGUGGUAAGAUCAUUUCUUCGUGUCCCCAAAUGGCUUAUCACUGGAUUGUUGAUAACAAUGAGUCAUGCCAUGGAGUACCAGUAAUACCAGUUGUAACAACACCUCCACCAAAGCCUCACUGUGAAACGCCUCAACUCUGCAAGCUUAUCUGGAGCGAGAUUUUUGCAGAAUGCCAUGCUGUGAUACCACCAGAACCAUUUUUCAAAGGCUGUGUUUUUGAUGGAUGUCGCAUAGCUGAUGAAUCCAUGCAGUGUUCCAGUUUGGAGAUAUAUGCUACAGAGUGUGCUUCUAGAGGUGUCUGCAUUGACUGGAGAGGAAACACCAACAAUACAUGCUCAUACAACUGUGCAGCAAACAUGGUAUACAAGCCAUGUGGGCCCAUUAAUCCUGCUACCUGUGACCCAAGCUUUGUUGAACUUCCUGGCUAUGGAGUAACUGAAGGAUGUUUCUGUCCUGAAGGAAAGACGCUCAUGAGUGAAGACAGCAACAUCUGUGUCUCUGAAUGCUCUUGCAGGGAACCAAAUGGAGUUUCCAGAUUGCCUGGAGCUGUCAUUCCAUCAGGCCCUUGUGAAGAAUGCACCUGCUCUGAAUCCUUGUACUCAAGCCCUCGCCACACUACUGUCAAGUGCAAGCCUGUUAUCUGUGACACAUACUGUCCAGUGGUUGGAGAAUUCUGGAACCCUCCUGGUGAUAACUGCACAACUUACACAUGUGAAAAACAUGAUGACCAGUUCAUUCAAGUCGUCUUACAGAAGAGCUGUCCUCCCUUUAACCCUGAUGAUUGUGAGCCAGGUGACAUCAAGCUGUCUGAUGAUGGCUGCUGUAAAGAAUGCCAAAGAAAGACUUCUGCUACAGUUUCAUCUAAGAUCAACAUCAUUCAGCCAAUGCUGACAAAUCUAGUAAUAACACCUUCCAAUCCUCCUCACAAUGGCCGCGUGUGCAGCACGUGGGGCAACUUCCACUUCAAGACCUUUGAUGGAGACAUAUUCUCCUUCCCUGGGCUGUGUAAUUAUGUUUUUGCAUCCCAUUGCAAUGCCCCCUAUGAGGAUUUCAACAUCCAGAUUAGGCGUGUAGUGGUGGCAAAUGCUCCAACAAUCAACCGGAUCACCAUGAAACUUGAAGGUGUAGUUGCUGAACUAACAAAGGAUGUUGUCAUGAUCAACAGCAACAGAAUUCAACUGCCAUACAGCCAAUCUGGAAUUACAAUAGACAAGAGCAGCAUUUAUGUGAAAGUUGCCAGCAAAAUGGGUAUUGUGUUAAUGUGGAAUGAAGAUGACAGUAUUCUGCUGGAAUUGAAUGAGAAAUAUGCCAAUCAGACCUGUGGACUUUGUGGGGACUUCAAUGGCUUUCCAAUUUACAAUGAGUUCUAUUCAAACAAUAUUAAGAUGACAGCCUUGCAGUUUGGGAAUAUGCAGAAAAUGGAUGGCCCAACAGAACACUGUGAAGACUACACUUCUACCCUGACAGAUAAUUGCACUGAUAAUUUUGAUGACAUAUGCCAGAAAACAUUGACCAGCUCUGCGUUUGCAGAGUGUAAUGAGCUAGUUGAUGUCAGAGAGUACAUUAUGGCUUGCCAAGAUGACUUGCGCCGCUCUGAAGUGUCUAAAAACGCCUCAUGUAUCUGUGACACCUUAGCUGAAUACUCCCGGCAGUGUGCUCAUGCUGGUGGGCAACCUCUGAACUGGAGAACCUCAAAACUGUGCCCCAAGAAGUGUCCUUACAACAUGCAGUACCAGGAGUGCAGCUCCCCCUGUGCUGACACAUGCACCAAUCCUGAACGAUCUCAGUUUUGUGAAGAGCACUGUAUGGAUGGUUGUUUCUGCCCCCCAGGCAAGUCCUUACGGACUGUAUUUGAUGACAUCAACAACUCUGGCUGCAUUCCCCAAGAGCAGUGCUCUUGUGUUUACAAUGGCAACACCUACGCUACAGGAACUUCUUUUUCAGAGCAGUGCCAUUCCUGUACCUGCAAUGGAGGCCAGUGGAGCUGCCAAGACAUAUCAUGCCCAGGAGUAUGUUCAGUAGAAGGAGGUUCACACAUUUCCACAUAUGAUAAAAAACAUUACGAUCACCAUGGAGACUGCACUUAUGUCCUUUCUAAGCACUGUAAAGGUGAAAUCUUCACCAUCCUGGUAGAACUGCGCAAAUGUGGCCUAACAGACACAGAGACAUGCUUAAAGACAGUGACCCUCAACAUGAAUAAAGGACAAACUCUCAUUGAGGUCAAACCUGAUGGUGGUGUGUUUGUGAACUCAAUCUACACCCAGCUGCCCUUCUCAGCAGCUAAUGCCACUGUGUUCAGACCUUCAUCAUUCUUCAUCAUCAUGCAAACAAAGCUUGGUGUCCACCUUGAAGUCCAAAUCACACCCAUCAUGCAAGUAUUUGUGCGUCUGGAUCCUAUUUUCAAAGACCAGACCUGCGGUCUCUGUGGAAAUUUCAAUAAUAUCCAAACUGAUGACUUCAAGGCCAUAAGUGGAAUAAUUGAAGGAACAGCAACAGCAUUUGCUAAUACGUGGAGAACUCAGGCUUCAUGCCCUAGUAUCCAGCACAGUUUUGAGAACCCUUGUGCACUCAGCAUUGAUAAUGAAAAAUAUGCUCAGCAUUGGUGUGGACUACUGACUGACAGCAAAGGACCUUUUGCUGAUUGUCACUAUGCAGUGAACCCCUCUGUUUACCACACGAACUGCAUGUUUGACACAUGUAACUGUGAAAAUAGUGAGGACUGUCUGUGUGCAGCCCUGUCUUCCUAUGUGAGAGCUUGUGCUGCAAAAGGAAUACAGCUGUAUGGAUGGAGGACUGAUGUCUGCUCAAAAUACACCACCUCAUGUCCCAAAUCCCUAAGCUACAGCUAUACCAUCUCUUCCUGCCAACCCACUUGUCGGUCUCUGAGUGAGCCUGAUGUCACAUGCAACAUUAAGUUUGUCCCAGUUGAUGGCUGCACCUGUGUAAAUGGAACCUACAUGGAUGAAAGUGGCAAAUGUGUGCCUGCUAAUGAAUGCCCCUGCUACUACAGAGGAUCUCCCAUACCAUUUGGAGAAGUUGUCAAUGAAAAUGGGCUUGUAUGCACUUGCAUCCAGGGAAGACUGAAUUGCAUUGGAGCACCCAAUCCAACUCCAGUCUGUGACUCUCCUAUGGUCUACUUUGAUUGUAAAAACAUCACUGCAGGAACAAUUGGAGCAGAAUGUCAAAAAAGUUGCCAAACUCUGGAUAUGCAGUGUUAUAGCACACAAUGUAUAUCUGGUUGCAUGUGCCCAGCUGGGCUUGUGUUAGAUGGGAAUGGUGGUUGUAUUCCUGAAGAGGAAUGUCCGUGUAUUCACAAUGAAGCCACUUAUCAGCCUGGGGAAAAGAUCAACGUUGACUGUAACACCUGUGUAUGCAAGAAUAGGAAGUGGGAAUGCACCAAAGAUCAGUGUCUGGGCACCUGUGCUGUUUAUGGAGAUGGUCAUUAUAAUACCUUUGAUGACAAAAGGUUCAGCUUCAAUGGAAACUGUGAAUAUACACUAGUCCAGGACCACUGUGGCACAGCCAAUGGGACCUUCAGGGUUAUCACUGAAAAUAUUCCCUGUGGCAACACUGGGACAACUUGCUCAAAAUCUAUCAAAGUUUUCUUAGAGAGCUACGAACUGAUACUUGGUGAGGAGCAUGUCAGUGUCAUAAUGAGAGGACAAAAUGAUGAGGUGCCAUACAGAGUCCGCUAUAUGGGUAUGUACUUGGUAAUUGAGACCACAAGCGGACUGAUCCUCAUGUGGGACAAGAAAACCAGCAUCUUCAUCAAGCUCAGCCCUGAUUUUAAGGGCCAGAUCUGUGGCCUCUGUGGAAAUUAUGAUGGCAACGGCAUCAAUGACUUUACUACAAGGAGUCAGUCUGUGGUAGAGAAUGUCCUAGAGUUUGGAAACAGCUGGAAAGUAUCCUCUACAUGUCCUGAUGCUUUUAGCGUAAAGGACCCAUGUUCUACCAACCCUUAUCGAAAGUCCUGGUCAGAGAAGCAGUGUAGCAUCAUCAACAGCAACGUCUUUGCUGCCUGUCACUCUCAGGUUGAACCAGCAAAAUAUUACCAAGCAUGUGUGACAGAUGCUUGUGCAUGUGACACAGGAGGAGACUGUGAUUGCUUUUGUACAGCAGUAGCUGCCUAUGCUCAAGCAUGUAGUGAAGUUGGUGUCUGCAUAGCCUGGAGAACCCCAUCAAUCUGUCCACUGUUCUGUGAUUACUACAAUCAACAAGGGGAAUGUGAAUGGCACUAUAAGCCCUGUGGAGCCUCCUGUAUGAAGACCUGUAGGAACCCAAGUGGAAAAUGUCUCCAUAACUUGCCAGGUUUAGAAGGCUGCUACCCUAACUGCCCACCAGACAAGCCGUAUUUUCAUGAGGAUCAGAUGAAGUGUGUCAGUCUCUGUGACUGUUAUGAUAAUGAAGAUGGAAAAAUAUAUAGAAGAGAUGAAUGUAAUUUAUGUGAAUGCACAUCAGAAGGUUUACAAUGCAAGUUUGAUGAUAAAGCAUGCCACUGCAUUUAUGAAGGCAACAGCUAUAAAUAUGGUGAACUCAUCUACAACACCACAGAUGGAACUGGAUGGUGUUUCAGUGCAACAUGCGACGUCAAUGGAACAAUUAACAGAAAUAUCUUUAAAUGUGGCAUCUUUACAACAACGCCAUUUACAUUUUCUACAAGUCAGCCCACAACUACUGCUUCAGAAAUGACAACUGCAACACCAGCCACAACUGUAUGUGUGAAGAAUGUCUGUGCAUGGUCAGAAUGGUAUGAUUCCACGCAGCCUGAAAACAGAGAGGACAGUGGCGAUUAUGAAACGUUUGAAACACUCAGAGAUAAAGGAUACACUCUAUAUACCAUGUUCAGAAAUACAAACGACAACACCAAGAACCACAGAAGAAUUCGUAACAACUACUGCUGUAAAAUCAACGCCAAUUACAUUACAGACGAAGAUAAAACCAACAACACAAAACCAGGAAACGCAACCACAAAAAACCGAAUUACCUACAGAGCCACCAAAAGACAGAGAAAGGACGACAACUCGGACUGA